AAAAGUGGAACCAAUCCAAGCAGCUGUAUGUAUACCCGGUGAUUCAAAAUUUCUAUCUACCCGCAACAAGGUGAAAGGAAAAACAGUAUAAUCUUCCAGAAUUUAAGUUUGAUAAGAUACGAAGAUUUGAUGGUAGUGCUAGACUACCAAAUCUUCUUCAGUUUAAUAGGUAUGCCAAGACAAUGUAGUUAAUGAAAAAAGGACAUGGCUUGUGCAAAUUAUUCGCAAAACAAAGAGCAGCAGGGCUUAUCCAAAUUGUUUGGUAGGGAAAUUUUUGAAUGGUUACAACGAAAUUCCAACCUGCUUGGUGUUGGGAGCUCGGCACACUACAAAGUAUCAAGUGGAUCUAAUAAACAAAGUGCAUCGGUUUCACUUUUUAUUUGAGCUUAACUCAAAAAUGAAGGCUCAGAUGAUAAAUAUUGUAUUUGGAGACACAAGAAUGCAACUUUGGAUUUGGAUUUGUCGGCAAGUGGAUUUUAUUAGGGAUUCCUUUUAAACUUUGGUCUGACACGAUCUUUCAAGAUUUUGGUUAGAAGUCUGGGUUUGGCUUAAAAUAGAGGAAGAAACAAAGUUGAGGAAUGAUCUCAUAUGGAAAGAAUUCGAGUUAAAUGCCCUUUCAACUUAAUUGUGAUCAAUAGUUCUUGAUUCUGGGAUUGGGAUUUUGAAAUCACUAUAUCGGUUGAGAUAGCCAUUAUUAACACAUAUUAAAAUGUAUUUGACUGUAACAACUGAGAGAUCACGAGUCCUUUUUGGAAAAAAGGAAGAGGGUGUAUUUUACGAGGCAACAUUUUGUAUUACCGAAUAAACAAAGGGCUCUAAUGAUACUUGGGAGGUUUCAAAAAUUAAAAUCUAAGGAGGGAAGCCAGAUGACCGGAAAGGAUGAAGAUGCCCUUGUUUAAUAAGUCAUUAGCUCUCUCUUGUUUGGGCCUUCCGUUGAGAAACUUGAUGCUACUAUAAAGGAAAAAGGCCCAUGUUGGUCCCCAAACCUUACAUCUACUUCUUAGCGUGAUAGAAAAGGCCAAGGCCCAAGUCAGGCUCAAACUACUUGAGUCAUAACACCUACAAUAUGCAAAUGACUCUCUAAUAAUUCUGUGAUGCAGACAAAAAUUAACUGAAAUAUUUAAAAGUCAUCUUGAUUCUGUUUGAAGCAAUUUCUGGCCUUCACAUUGGAAGAUGAAUGUCAAAUCAUUGUCAGAUAGUUGGCCUUGGAAACUAGUAUAGAAGACUAGAAGCCCAUUAAGAGUUUCAUAUUUACUUGGCUAGUCAUACGGAAAGCCUGCCUUACCCAGGAGGCAUUCAAAAAAAGGGGUAUGCAGUUUUGUUCGAGGUGUUUUAUGCGAGCAGAAAACAGAGGGGUUAGCUGGGUGAUGUCAAAGACAACCAGAGAGCUCCGUAGCAGCUCGACAGGAUUUGGCAGCAGAGGGAGAAAGGAAGAAUGGUGGAAGACUAUACUAGCCUGUAUAUGGUGGACUCUAUGGAAAGAAAGGAAUGCUAGAUGUUUUGACUUUUGAAGGACAAAAAGGAAGUUUCUAGAAGAUCAAAAUGAAAUGCGAUCCAAGUUUCUCAAAGUUCUUAGAAAAGCACAAGGACAUUGAAGCAAUGCAAAAUGGAGUAGUGUUCUCAGAUGAGGAUGAGAUGAGUAAUCAUGGAAGAGACUCGGCGACUGAAGACAACCAAGGUAAAGACGAGGGAAGAGUUUUGACAGUAUCUGCCAUUAGUUCUUGGUGUCGACUGAUCAAAGAAGAGCACAAGGAGGAAGUAUUUGUUUGUUUAUUAAAUGCUUAUCGAGCUGCAUGCCACUAUGGUGCUGAAUCCAUUGGCCUAAGGUUUCAGAAUGCUGAGACAUUCUGCAGCUUAGUAAUGUCUGUUCUUUCCGAAGCAGAUAAUAUACUUCGGGGACUUUUGGGGCUAUCAUCCUUCAGUUACAAGAAAGAAGCAGUACUAGAACUGAAGGAUACCCCACAAUGGGUUAAUGUGAAACCUCUCAUCAAAUCAUACUUGAGAAGUACAUUAUCUCUGUUGGAUCAGGUUACUGAUUCAGAAAUUCUGGCUUUCGCUUUGACUCGGCUCAGGGAUUCUUUACCAUUCUUUGAUGCUUUUCCAUAUCUCUUGCAGAGGCUUAUUAAGACGACAAUACAUUUGUGGGCUACAGGUGGUGGGAUGCUAUCAUCAUCAUCUUUUUCGAUAUUACUGGAUGUGGCCUCUCUAUUUACAACUGAUUGGUUUGACAAUUGCUUAGCAAAAGCUUUUGUGGCUUAUCUUGCUCAGUCGAGAGCUAUGGAUAUUGUCAAUAACAAGCAUUUGCAGUUCUUAAGAAAUUCCUUAGUUGACUUAUGCUCCCUAGAUGUUCAAAAAUCAUUGUCUAAAGCCACCGUGUCUGUCCGUCAGCUUGCAAAAGUAUUACAGUGGGGUUUGCAUACAAAGAAAAAGGAAGCUCUUCAAAGGAUCUGCAGUUGGGAGUAUGCCAAUUGUAUAAAUCUCUGGGUUGGUUUUAUAGCACGCAAUGUACGGGAUUAUGAUCUUCAGGCCUUUUUCUUCACUAUGGUUCAACUUAUAAAUGGAGUGGUGCGCCUGUUUCCUGGACCGAGAUAUUUCCCUUUAAGACUCAAUUGCAUUCAAUGGCUUAAUGAUCUGUCUAAUUCUACUGGAGUUUUCAUCCCUAUUGCUUCAUUUGUAUUGGAUGUUUUGGAAUAUAAAACAGUCGGAGAGCGUGGAAAACCUGGACCUGCUCUCUUCUUUCAGUCUGUUCUAAAGUUGCCAAAGAGUUGCUUGAAGUCUCAGACAUUCCAAGAUGAAUGCAUUACAUCUGCAAUUGAACAACUAUCAUCACACUUUUUACAAUGGAGCUACCACAUUUCUUUCCCUGAUCUAGCAACUGUUCCACUCAUCCGUCUGAAAAAGUUUAAUGAGUCAAAGACAAAAGAAAGUCAAUGUCGUGUGGUAAAACAUUUGAUUGAGCAGGUGGAGAAAAAUGUUGAUUCUGUGCAAAAGAAAAGAAAUGAGGUUGCCUUUUCACCAAAUGAUCAUCAAUCUGUUGAAACAUUCCUUCAGUUUGAGAAGUCCAGUCUCAGUUCUCCAUUUACUCAGUACUGCAGAAGUGUACUUGACAAGGCUGCUCUGAGGGGCUCACAUAAGAACGAAAAGAUUAGUUUGCCAACACGAGAUAAAUCAAAGCGUAAAAGAGAUGACAGUUCGAUUAACGUUUUUGGCCACAAGGAUGUGGAUACUGUUAAUGGAUCAAAGAAGCGGGUCAAAAGAUGAGCUCCGAAAGCAUAAUUGUCGUACCAUUUUUUUGUUUGCUAUAGGUUUUGAUAAUUUUCUGAUUGGCCUUACCAGUUUGGAAAUUUUGAGCUGGGUAAACAUGUUGUGAUAAUUCUUUAGGUUGGUAAAAAUUCAAUCUUCUUGUUGCUUAUUUUUCAAAACAGAAAAUAGAAAAAUGAUUUUGUUCCUAUUGAGGUCCUUGAAUUGAUGAUUAGUUUAUUUUUAUUUUUCAUGUGUCUUUCCAAGUUAAAUCAAAUUGGAAAAAGUAUACACUAUA